AUGGAAACGGUUUGGGCUAAAAUUAAAUAUUGCCCUUUCUGGCCAGCUCGGAUUGUCUCUACUCCAUUGGAGCUGGGAAAGGUGCCAAAAAAUAAAAUUUGCGUGCUAUUUUUUGGAACAAAAACGUUCGGUUUCGUUCAUCAAGAUUUUGUGUGCGAUUAUGUGCAAAAUCGUACCAAAUAUGCAACUAAAGGUCGAGGAAGUGAUUUCAAAAACGCUGUGAUUCGUAUGGAUGAAUUUAUUUUGGACCCAGUCAAAUUUGCUGCAAAUGGAUCAGUGAAACCGGUAAAUCACACAAUCCAAGUCAAGCGUGAAAGAGCUCCGAUCGUAAAAACGGAAAAUGACAUAAACAACGUUCCUUUCGAAACAUCUUUUGUCCAGUGUCGUUCAAAAACCAAAAACAAGUCUGAACUCCCGUAUAAUUCAAAAAAUGUAUCUGAUCUCAAAGCGCAAAUUGAAGCAGCGAAAAAUGAAAAAGAAAAACUCGUUGAAGAGCUCGUUGCGACAAAAGAUGAAAGUCAAACUAUGUAUUUCAAUUUUCAAAGUUCACAGAAAAUGAUUGCAACACUUCAAUCUGAAAGAAAUGAACUGAAAGAGAAAUGCAUGGAACAAAACAAAGUCAUUGCUCAACUGACAAAAGAAAAAAAUCAAGCACAAAACAAAAUCAAGCAGCUAAUGGCCAAUACACACGUGAAACUAUGUGAAGAAGUUGAAUCAUCGGUAGAUCUCGGAAGAAACAAAGAAUACGAAGUAGAAGCUAUAUUGAGCCACAGUGGAAGAAAAGGACAGCGACGUUUUCUUAUACGUUGGAAGAACUACUCUUCAAAUCAUGACAGUUGGGAAAAUGAAUCGAAUUUGAACUGCGACGAAAUUUUGAACAAAUAUUUACACGCAAAGGGAUUAAAGAAAUAA